AAAUUCAUUUUAAAUAUCUUUAUGUAAUAAAAGCCCGACUACAGAAAGGAAUUAGCCGAAACAGCUUAAAAGAUUUGCACUCCAGGAAAGGGAAUCUUGGCUGCUGAUGAAGUAUCUCUUAAAUCUUAAAAGUGUAGUCUUAAGGAACCAUAGGAAAGAAGUUCGUCACCAUCAAUGUUGAAAACAACGAAGAGAACAGAAGAGCUUACAGAGAAUUGUUGUUCACUGCUCCAGGCGUUGAAAAUUACAUUAGUGGUGUCAUCCUCUUCUCCGAGACCGUAAUACAUAUUAUUAAUUACUUUCCAUAGGUUAAACACGCUACCAAAGAUGGAAAGAACUUCGUCUAAUUGCUUUAAGAGAAAGGCAUCGUGGCAGGAAUCAAAGUCGAUAAGGGUUUGGGUGUACUUCCAGGAACACAAGAUGAAUCAGCAACUCUUGGAUUAGACUCCUUGGCUAGUAUGGCUGCUGAACACUACAAACUUGGUUGCAGAUUUGCCAAAUGGAGAGCAGUCUUGAAAAUUGGCAAUGGCUUACCAUCACAAUAAGCCAUCCAAGAAAAUGCAUGGGGAUUGGCCAGAUAUGCAGCAAUCUGCUAAGAAAAUGGUCUUGUUCCCAUUGUCGAACCAGAAAUCUUGGCCGAUGGAGAUCACUCAAUCGAAGUCAGCUAAAAGGUCACAGAAAAAGUUUUGGCUGCCGUAUUCAAAGCAUUGAAUGAAAACAACAUCUUCUUAGAGGGAUGUCUCCUCAAACCAAAUAUGGUUACACCAGGAUCAACCAAUGCAGACAGAAGCAAAGUCACACCAUAAGAAAUUGGAUACAGAACAGCUUUGGCCUUGAGCAGAACAGUUCCUCCUGCCCUUGUCGGAGUCACAGUAAUUGAUAUCCAUUUAUAGUGUUUAGUUCCUUUCAGGAGGACAAUCUGAGGAAGAAGCUUCUUUGAAUUUGAAUGCUAUGAAUUAAUUGACCACAGUCAGAAAACCAUGGGCUUUGACAUUCUCUUAUGGCAGAGCACUCCAAAAUACUGCAGUUAAGACAUGGGCUGGAAAAUAAGAAAAUUGGGAAGCUGCUUAAUAAGCAUUAUUGACCAGAGCUAAGGCUAACAGCGAAGCUUAAUUAGGUAUUUUAACAAAUAUUAUCAAAAUAGGAAAAUAUCAAGGUGGAUAAGGUGGUGCAUCCAACGAAUCCUUAUUUGUGGCUGAUUACAAAUAUUGAGUAUCAUGAAAUAUCAUAAAAUAAAACACAAUCAUCAUUAUUCAUACUGGAA